GCUCCAGCCCCUCCUAAAAAAUUCUCAUGAGAAAUGUUAUCUUUAUUGUCACGCUCAUGGGAGGACUAGUGGGUCUGAGUUUAAAAACGGAAUACGCUUUCUGCUUUUAAAACAACAAAUUACUUCGCUAAUUUUAACAGUAGGCUACUUUAUAAACAGCCUAGUUUUUGUGCAGAGUCAUGGCGUGUGGCGGACUCAUGUCCGCUCCGGUGUGUCUCAUUGAAAACGAUGAAAAUGGGAAGCUGCAUGUGAGGAAAGAGGCCAAAAAUAUUCUGGAUGGAAUAAUUCAGCCGGUUGUGGUAGUGUCUGUGGUGGGACUCUACCGUACGGGAAAGUCUUACCUUAUGAACCGCCUGGCAGGACAACAGUCCGGCUUUGCUCUAGGCAGCGCUAAUGAAUCAAAGACCAAAGGCAUCUGGAUGUGGUGCAUCCCUCACCCCAAAAAAGAAGGACACACUCUGGUGCUGCUGGACACAGAGGGACUUGGUGAUGUGGCAAAGGGAGAUGAGAAACAUGACACAUGGAUCUUCUGUCUGGCUGUUCUACUCAGCAGUACUCUAGUGUACAACAGCUUAGGGACCAUUGACAACACAGCAUUGGAAAACCUGCACUACGUUACAGAGCUGACGGAGAACAUUUGUGUGAAGGCAGAUGUGGGUCAACAUGAGGACGAGUCGGCAGAUUUCAUCCGUGUUUUUCCAUCGUUUGUCUGGACUGUUCGUGACUUUACUUUGGAACUGAAAAGGGGGGAUAAACUAAUAACAUCAGAUGAGUAUCUGGAGGGUGCACUGAAACUCAAACCAGGUAUUUCACAUCGGAUUGAGCAGUACAACCUGCCCCGUCGUUGUCUGCGGCAGUUCUUUGCGGUGAGGAAGUGCUUUGUGUUUCCUCGGCCUGCUAGUACACAAAAUAUGCAGAGAAUGGAGCAGCUGACUGAAAAAGAACUGGAUUCGGGGUUCCUUGAGCAGGCAGACACAUUCUGCAGUUACGUCUAUGACAAUUCAGAGCCAAAAACAGUCACUGGAGGCCGUACAAUUACUGGAACAGCUCUGGGUAAUCUUGCUGAGGUUUAUGUAGAGGCGAUCCGCAGCGGGAAUGUUCUGUGUGUGGAGAACGCAGUCACGUGUCUAGCUAAGAUCCAGAACGUCCGUGCAGUAGAGGAGGCCCUGCAGUUUUACAUGACUGAGAUGCUCAGCAUAGCUGAGCUUCCAAAGCGCCCAGAAGAGCUGUCUGACAUCCACAAAACUGCAGAGAAGAAGGCUAUUGAAGUUUUCUUCUCCAUUUCCUUCAAUGACAAUGGCCAGAUCUACCAGCAAGAGCUCAUGAGGAAGAUUCAUGAUGAAUAUCAGCAGAGGUGCCAGCAGAAUCAGGAAGCGUCUCGCAUGCAGUGUGAGGACGUGCUGCGUGAUGUGUUUGAUAAGAUGGAAAAAAGCAUUUCUGAUGGAUCAUACCUGAAACCUGGAGGAUACCAACAGUACAGAGACACACUCACACAGCUGACCUGGGACUAUAGAGCAAGAACAGACUCACAAAUAAUGAGAGAGGAUGUGUUGAUUAAAUAUUUGAGAGCAAAGGAAGAGAUUGGAAUUGGAAUUCUACAAGCUGAUCAAUCCAUGAAUGCCACAGAACGGGAGAGCGAGGUGCAUAGAUUAAAGUGUGAUAUUUUGAAGAAGGGGCAAAGAGCUGUAGAGAAACAGAAGUGGUUACAUGAGCGGGUGUUUGAAGACAUGAAGAGAUCUCAUCAGGAGCAUAUGCGGCAGACCACUAGUCAGAUGGAGAGAGAGCUGGAAAGAUUCAGGAAAGACAAUGAACGAGUCUUAGAAGCAAAACUGAAGGAAAGAGGAGCUCUUCUACAGCAGAACUUUCAGCAGGAGGCUGCACGGAUACAGGAUGAGAUUAACAGCCUGAAAGCAGAUAUGAAUAAACAGGAAAUGUCCCAUCACUCCUUACAAUACAUCGAUACUAAAUGGCCUGGUGCUGGGCUUUCAAAACUUGUCUGGACAAAGGGUGCCCAAUCUGAUGAGUCUCAAUUUCCGCUGCAACGUUCAGAGGUAGAAAAGGGUUCUGAUUCUCUGUCUUACUCAUCAUUGGAGGCUCAAUCACCAGCACACCCAUCAGAAGAUGCAGAAGUUGCAGAAGUGUUCACUCCGGAACUUGUUCAGAGAGGUGAUGAAGACAAGCAUGAUAAUACAUACAGGUUUGUGUGUCCACAUGCUGGUCAGUUUCGUUGCAGUCUGACUAACCUUGUGUUUGUGAUGGAGGGUGAAGGAGAGGUGCUGUAUAACAUUGACUCAUGGGAUCCUCGUCUGUUAGAUGGUUUGGGUCAGAUGCAGCCUGCAGGACCCUUGUACAAUAUUGACUGUUUUAAUGGUUCAAUCUCAGGACUGCACUUUCCUCACUGUGAAAUAUUCUCUGAGGAAAACAAAGACAUUCUGGCUGUAGCACAUCUCACUGGUGGUAAUGUAGAAACAAUGAAGCCUCUUAAAGUGACUGAAACUCAUGUGAUGAUUUACAUCAAAGAUCUGUCCCUCUUUGGGCUCUUAAAAAGGAAGAUCUUUUCUUCGUUCCCUGUUGUUGCCCAAGUGCUUCUCUUUCUACGACCAAUUACUACGAGACAGAGAGAAAACAUACUGGAUGUUUAUUUGCUCCCGUGGAACAUUCCACUGUCCAAGGUCAUGGGCCAGCACAAAGAGAGUACACACAUUACAACCAGUUCAAAGUGCUCUCUCACCCCAGGAUCAGAAUACGGUCUGUGUUGUGAACCAGUGGGAUCUACAGUACAGCCAGAGACAGAGAAGUUUGAGUGUAAUUUUGGUCCAAACUAUCAUCCCACAUUUGAAGUGUUUGUAAAUUUCAACACUGAGGAAAUCAGACUGAGUCUUUUGGAUAAAACUGAAGGAAAGGAAGUAUGGGUUACACGACGAGUCGUUCUCACAUGAAUGAAUUACAGAUAUGGCUAGGGUUGUAACUUUUUAACACAUUCUAAUGCUCGUUACAAAAUAAAAUUAACAUCAAAUAUUGAAUAUUUAACAACUUGCACUGUUUUUACACUAAAUCUGAAGAUUAUUGGAUUACAGGAAAAUACUAUUUCUGUUUUACUACUUAAAAAGUUUCACAUUGAAUUUAGUGUUAGUUGCCACAAUUAUUUUUGCUAGCAAUUACAGACUUAAAUUUGUUUCCUAGCUUUGAAAUAAACCCUACUCCAUAAUUUUUCAGUGUAAUCAAUUCUUUAUCAAUGUAUUAAGUUGGACACUUAUUUUAAGCAUUUUAUGCAGAUUAUUUAAAUCAGGUAAAGAUAUAGACCCUCCUGCUCACACAAGGCUCACAGGUAUGAAUUCAAAGUUAACAGUGAAGGAUCCAACGAUCCUCAAAUGCAAACUGUGUGUUUUGCCUCUGGGCAGCCAUACAUUUGUGUUUUGCUUUCUUUUUAUAUAUUGUUCAUUUAUUCUUCAUUCAUUUAAUAAUUUAUAAUAAUCAUUAUAUUCAUUUAUAUAUUCAUUUUAUUGAUUCAUUAAUUGAUUAGUCAUUUAUAUUAUAUUAUAGUUGUUUUUUAUUUUUUUUCCCAUUGUUUAGUCUUAUGACUGUGUAGCUUCAAGGGCUGUUUGUCUUCAUGAAUAAGAAAUACAUGGAAGUGUUUAUGGAAACCCAAGGUUUAUGGGAUGUUGUUGUGAAUCAGUUUGGUAUAACAAUACUUGUUGGAUUUGUGUUCUUCAGACGAAGUCUGAGCAUUGAGACAUACGCAACUAAGACUAUUCAAUAAACUCUGCUCCUUUUUAUUAUCA